AUGGCGUCAACAGCGCCUCGUCCACGGCACUCCGUCGGCCUACGGUGGAAUGCGCUGACGGCUUUGACACUUGUGCUAGUGUCUUUCGCCCUUUGGAUCCCAGUUUCAAACGCCACCACGAUGGUGCGCCGAGGCCCUAUUGGUAACGGAGUCGAAUUGAGGGUGCUUCCUAUUGGAGAUUCUAUUACCUGGGGUGCCCAGAGUUCAGAUGAGAAUGGUUACCGAAGUACCCUUUUUAAGCUCCUCGAGGAUCGAGGGAACAAGGUCGACUUUGUCGGAAAAGUGAAGAGCGGAACCAUGGCCGACAAUCAACACGAGGGACACCGAGGUUUCCUGAUCAGUGAGAUUGAGAGCUCAAGUUCGACUGGCAUCAGUGCUGCCGGAAACAUUGCGCUGGUUCAUGCGGGAACCAACGACAUGAACAAAGAUAUCAACGUUGCAAAUGCUCCUGCACGCCUCAAGUCCUUGAUCAAUACCAUUUUCAAAGUCAAUCCCGACGCGUGUGUAUUUGUGUGCCAGAUCGUUCCGGCAAGGUCCAGCAGCACGCAGGCACGCAUUGACGCGUUUAACGCUCAAAUACCCGCUCUCGUGGACAGCUUUGUCGACGCAGGGAAAAAAGUGAUGAUGGUUUCGAUGAACCAUGCUCUGACCCUUGCUUCCGACAUCAGAGACGAUCUUCACCCCAACGACGCAGGCUACGUGAAGAUGGCCAAUGCCUACUAUGACGCAAUAGAAAAGGCGGAUGCCAAGGGCUGGAUCACCAAGCCAGGUAAAGCAGUGACUCCUGCGGAUGCCACCUCUCCGGAGAAGUGUGGACCAUCGCCGUCCUGGUAUAGGGUGACUGAGCCGAUCGCCUCCGGCGCCAAAGUAGCAUACGGCGAUGGCGAUUUCAAGCAGGCCUGGAAUAAAAUGGGUGUCGUAGCGGAAGGCGCAUGCCCACGUGCCCGACUGCACUUCAUGGAUCUUAAUGGCGAUGGCCUGAAGGAUUAUGCUUGUGUAGAUCCAGACACGGGAGAAACCGAGGUUCAUAUCAAUAUCCCUGACUCGCAGGGUAGGACAUCGGGAUCUUGGGGCAAGGGCCGUAUCAUAGCGACGGGCAAGGAGGGUCGAAGCGGCAAAGGCGUCAAGUUCGCUGAUUUGAAUGGAGAUGGUAGGGACGACUAUAUCUAUGUUGACCCCGAUGAUGGUGAAGUUUAUGCUUGGAUCAACCGACUAGAGAAAGAUGGCGUAUGGCAAUGGGAGUCUAUUGGCAGGAUUGCUGGUGGAGUAGGAGCAACAAAGGACAACCUUCAAAUGGUUGACCUUGAUGGUGAUGGUAGGGCUGAUUUCUGCAUAGUUGGCAAGGACUCUGGUGUGGUCACAGCUUGGUUGAACACCGGUGUUGCCGACAUGCCCGAUUACCACAAACUCGGAGUCAUCGCUACCGGAGCCUCCGCCCAGAAAGGAGAUACGGUUAUCCUGGGCGACUUUACUGGUGAAGGCAGAGCCGAUUACAUGUAUGUCAGCGAAGGCGGCAAGGUCCACGGGUUCGUCAACCGCCUACAGGAAGAGUCCAUCGCGCCUCGGUGGCUGGGACCUGUUGUUUUCGCUGAUGGACCCGACGGUGCUAAGCAGGACCAAGUGCGCCUGGUGGACUUCACUGGUGAUGGUAAGGUGGACUAUCUCCUUGUUGAUGAAAAGACUGGUAAGGUCACACUGUGGGAAAACCAGGGCACCGGAGGGAGAUACCAGCCAGGAGAAGGUGUGAUCCUAUGUGACUUGGACGGGGAUGGCGUUAAAGACUACUUCUGGGUUGAUCACGAUGGCAAAGGUUGGGGUUACUUGAACGUAGGCAAAGGCAAAAACGAAUGGGAGCCUUUGGGAAACAUUGCCCUCGGAACAGGCCACAAGAGAGAGCAGGUUCGCAUGGCAGUUCUGACAACCAGCGGCCGUGCAGACUAUAUUGUUGUGGACGAUGAAACCGGACGAGCCGAAUGGUGGCAAAACAUGGGUCGAAAAGGAAACUGGAAUUGGCAAGCCCGUGGAGUUUUUGCUACAGGUCCUAAGAAUACCAUUGCCAGCCAGUUUGGGUGGGGCUUCAACGGAAGGAAUGUGCGCUUUGCAGACUUGGACGGCGAUGGCCUUGACGACUACAUCUAUAUCAACGAAAAAGGUGCCACGGUCUGGUGGAAACACCUUGGGACAGAUCCGCCAUCCUGGGGUCUCCCCCAUUUGGUCGCCAACCCCCGCGAGCCCGUUUCGCCGCGGGACAUUCAAUUUGCUGAUACCAACGGGGACGGUCGUCUGGACUUCAACGUGAUCGGUCGGGUUACUGAUAACGGCCGACUCGAUCUCUGGAUCAAUCGCUGUGAUCCGAUUAGCGAUGGCGGUAAUAACGACCCCGGCGAUCCGCAGCCUGUUGAGGAAGAGUCCUGGAGGGAUGUGCCUUGCACUGACUCGGGCGCUACCGAUGCUCUCGAUGACGCGGAUGAAAAAUGGAAGAAAGUGCACGCCGACCAAGCCUGGAAAGACGCUCUCGCAGGAUGGAAGAAAAACAUCAGCGAUCCCGAUUAUAAAGACGGUUUCUCUGAAUCGAUCGCCAAUUUCUUCAAUGAGAAUCCAGGCAUGGAGUGCGAAAAGCUUGCCGAAAAUAAUGGUUGCCAUGGCGGCGCCUAUUUGAAAUGCGAGGAUCAAAGAGGAGAAGCGGCCCCGGCGUCUUCGUUCAUUUUGAACUCUUUCAUGAAACUUGAAUCGCUGCUCUGGAACCAAUACACCUCGACAGAGAGCGUGAAAAACAAUAUUGAAGACAAGAUGGGCACAUUUACAGAUACUUUUGCCCCUCUGAAGAAGGAGGACGUAGCCCUCUCUGUUAUCCUUGAUAUCGUCACUAUUGGCUACGUCUCUUUCGCAGCCCCAACGUGGGGGAAAGUAGUAAAGCAGAUGGACUUCGCUAGGAGAAACGGCGGAAACUUCGAUACGCUCAAGGACUUCACCAACGGCAUGGUAACUCAAGGCAUGACUCUCACCAAGGACAUUCUUGCGUCAAAAAAAACAGCGCUUGACGUACAGAAUUCGCUAGCCUUUCGCACCUCCAUCAUUGUCGAGACGUAUCUGAAUUCUAUCGUUGCUUUUGCCGCUACUGUAUUCAGUGGCAAGGGUGACGGUCUCGACCUCCUUAGCGACAUCAUCGCGGACGGCAAGAUGAUUGACUCGGGCCUAGACACUCUCGCCGUCAACGAAACUUCUGCCGCCAUUAACAAGGCUUUGUACGCUCAACUAAUUCCUAUGGCCUGGAGACAAACAGACAGGGAUUUGAACCCUUUUGUUCUUGACACCGAGCUCAGCUGCGAGGAUGCACCCAAGGAUGACCAGAUCCAGAGACGUCUUACCGACAAUGCUUUGAAAAGUGAAAUGGUCUGCGACAAAAAGAACAAUAGGGCGUACUACUUGGUUGCAUCCGAGGAUCCCCAUGCUAAUUGUUGGGACAAGGACGGCCGUUUCGCGUCCAUCGGUUGCUACCCAUUCGCGAAAUUACCAGGUACGGAGGCCUUGAGCGAACUUUGGGGGAAUGUCUAUAGGGAGGAUUUCGUUCACGGGUCUCUAGCAACGUACAAGGCAAAUGGCGGCAAGAAUAUGGAAGGGAUUUCGGGCUGGUACAUUAAGAAGGAUGGAUGGAGGAGCGUCUUGGACGAUCUCAUUGACUACGAUAUCCGAGCGCCUUUCAUCUUUGAUCUUCCUGUCUGCACCUGGGGAGACGCCGUUAAAACCUCCGUUAAGUAUCGAGAUGGUGAUAGGCCACACCAUUUCCCCUGCCCUUUGAGGAUUGGCGAGGGCGAGCUUUAG